AUGUCUCCUCGACUGUCGGGGAAGCUGACGCAGCUUCAUCUGUCCCUCUGGGGCUCUCAAUUGUUCAUUCCUGCUAGCAGUGUGCCCGUUCGAACUUUCGGCAUCAAAUCACUGAACCCACCCAAGUCCUCUCGGUUCAAUGUUGGUCCCGAGUUGCCUGUGCUCAAAUCGACUUCCACUGCGGCCUUAGAACGCAAAGCCAAUACUUUGCCUCUACGGACUGGCGCCAUUGCCAUCAAGAAAGGAAUGACUGCUGUAUACGAUACCGAGACCGGGAAACGCAUCGCUUGCACGGUGCUGCAGCUCGAUCGAGUGCAAGUAGUCUCUCACAAGACACGGCAAAGACACGGUUACUAUGCGGUACAGCUGGGCGCCGGAUGGAAACAUCCAAGCAACGUCACGAAGUCGCUCUUGGGGCAUUUUUCGACCCAUGGUGUUUCACCGAAAAGGCACAUCUACGAGUUUCGAAUCAAGGAUGAAAGUGGCCUUGUACCGGUUGGCGAGAUGAUCAACGCAAGCUGGUUCCAGGAAGGCCAAUACGUCGAUGCCCGUUCAAAUUCCAAGGGUAAAGGCUUUGCGGGCGUGAUGAAGAGACACGGCUUUCAUGGUCAGGACCGCAGUCACGGUGUCAGUUUAACGCAUCGUUCGCUUGGUUCGGCAGGUCCCAGUCAAGGUGGUGGCUCCAGAGUCUAUCCUGGAAAGAAGAUGGCCGGAAACAUGGGCAAUGAACAAAACACGGUGCAGAAUCUCAAAAUCCUCAAGGUCGAUCCCGAAAAUGGAAUCGUCGUCGUCAACGGUUCCGUCAGCGGACCUAAAGGCUGCGUUGUGAGGAUCCAAGAUGCAAUCAAGAAGCCAUGGCCUGAGGUUGUACCUGCGGCCGAAGCGACUGCAUAG